GCAAGUCAAGGCCGGCGAAGUAGAAGUGCUCAACGCUAUUCCCUCUCAAUAAAAAAAUGGCGGUAGACGAUACCAAAGCUUCAAGUUCUUCAGACGCUUGUUAAGAUUGCAAUCUGUCGGAAGCACCGAACGACUUGAGAGCAACAUUCGUGUGGAGCUGCUUAUGACGGGUAACAACUGCGACGUUCGUCAAGGAUUACAAAACCUUCGUGGCUCCCGAUAAAAGCCCUCGAGACGAGUAAGCAAUGCAUGAGCUGACAGCUCAGGUCACGAGCAGCCUGCUGCCUUUCCCAGCAGUGACCCUUGAGGUUGUGGGAGAGGAUGAAAUCACGCUUGACUCUUUGCUUCAUGGAAAGUUUACUGCCGGGCGUGGAGGACAUGCUUGGCUGGCCUGUGGCCCUCAUCUCGAAGUCAUCCAUGGGCAGACUAGAGAACGUCUGUCUGCGUACUGCUUCAAUGGAGGAGGGGAGCAUCCACCCAGUGUUCUGACCGCAAAGGACUUCAGCUGGCUGAAGAGGUCUGGAUUGCUGGUUGGCUUGGAAGAAACAGAAGGCAGUGUUCUGUGUCUCUAUGAUUUAGGACUGUCCAGAGUGGCCAAAGCUGUGGGCAUACCAGGCAGAAUUACAGCUAUAGAGCCAUUAGUUAGCUAUGGUGGAGCAAGUACCUCCACCCAGCACCUUCACCAGAGUCUUCGCUGGUUUUUUGGCAUCGCUGCCGUAGUAACGGAUCUCGGUCAUGUUCUGCUUGUGGACCUCUGUCUGGAUGAUCUAUCUUGUAGCCAGAGUGAGCAGAAUCCUUCAAGCUUGCAAGUAGUGACCAAAUCUCCAAGAGAGAUUCCCAGGCUCCGAGAAAUGAGCACCAGAGAGGGCAGGCAUCUUUCCCUCCAGCUCAAUGCACCAAAUGGAGUACCAGCCACGGCGCUGCAAUACAUCCCCAGAACAAACCAACUGGUCGUGGGUUUUUCUGAUGGCUACUUGCAAGUUUGGAAUUUGAAGUCCCUCAGAAAAGAAUACAACUCCCAGUUAGAUGGUGGCAGAGUUCCAGUUCAUGCUUUCACUUUCCAGGAGCCGGAAAAUGACCCCAGGAACUGCUGCUACCUCUGGGCAGUUCAGUCUUCACAGGAUCAAGAGGGCGAUACGGUCAGUCUCCAUUUGCUGCAAAUGGCUUUCAGGGAGCGGAAGUGUCUACCCUCUGGGAAAAUUGUUUACGAGGGUCUAGAGUACUGUGAGGAGCGUUACAGUCAGGAGCUGAGUGGUACAGCUUACCCUCUCAGAGCCCAGACCACCAGAACGCACCUGCUUAGGUGCCAGACCAUCGAAAAAUUCCGACCCCAUCCAGACAGGGACGACAGCAUGAAUGAAGUUGCAUCUCCAGACACAAGCAUAUCCAUCUUUAGCUGGCAGGUCAAGACCUAUGGACAGGCAAUGCCGUCUACCUACAUUGGGGUUUUUGACAUCAACCGUUGGUAUCAUGCACAGAUGCCAGAUUCAUUCAGAAUGGGAGAGUCUUUACGCAACUGUCCUUAUAUUGCCAUUUGGUGUUUGGACCCAGUGACACAAAUGGCUUCUCCGCACAGCCUGUUGGAUGUGGUUGUACAGGAUCACAGUCUCAGCAGGGGUAUUCCUUUACCUUUUCCCCCACCAGAACAGUACUUUCACCCAACUGCAUACAACUUUGAUGCCACCUGUUUAUUCAACUCUGGAAUUGCCCAUUCAACCUGCUCUGGAUAUCAGAAAGAGACCUUAAGCUUUUUGAAGAACACUGCUCCAUGUUCCAGUGAUGUCAUCUCUAGCAUCUACUCGCGGUGCCUUAUGUCGGGCCUUCUGUCAUCUCGCCUUGCUGACGCCCACACCUCCAGCCUAUCUCAGGAGGAACAGCUGGAUGCCAUCUUGGCAACUGCAGUAGAGACAUGCUCUUUAAAACCUAUCACUGAUUGUAUCAAGCAGUGGACUGCAGAAGAACAACCAGGCUCUGCAUUAAACCUGCGCUACAUCUUGGAUUGGGCCUGGAACAAAGUAAUUCAGACCAAGGAAGAACUGGAUAGUAUCUGUGCUCCUCUAUUUGACAGUUCAUCAAACUUUACAGACCCUCAGACCCUGCAGCUGAUGCAGCAUAGCCAGAGACUGCUGAAUAACCUCAGUAUUAUCUUCCACUGUCUGCUCACUGAAGCUCAGGAGCUGACGCAGAAGGGUCUAGUUGGUCUGGUCAACAAGAAUGUUGUGUCCAAUCUGAUUUCCAAGUAUGUACAAGUGGUCCUCUGGUUCUGCCGUACUGGCCUGCUCCCUGAAGGAUCAGAUAUUGAUGCCAUGCAGCUCUCUAGGCCUUUCUACUGUUACUCUGUAAUCAGCAACUAUUACUCUAUGCGCAGGGAGGAGCUCACCGCUAUGGCCAAAGACAAGUGGUGCGGAGACUGCUUAAUGAUUGACAAUCUGGUUGGCCAAUGCGGUGAACCCUUGACCAACCUGUGGAAAAGGGAUGAAGGUGGAACAGGACGGUAUCCACCACGGACGAUUCAUGCUUUGCUGGAUAUUUAUCUUCUGGACAGCGUUGAUGAGUCUACCAAACAUGCAAUUGUAAUCUACUUAUUGCUAGAUGUCAUGUACUCCUUUCCAAAUAAGGAGGCAGCAUCGGUGGAAUCUUUUCCUACAGCUUUCGACAUCAAUUUUGGAUUAGUUAAAUUGGUGCAAGGCCUCUGGCUCCUGGACAACCGUGACCACCAGAGGUCAUUCGAACUACUCUUGAAUCCAGCUGCCUCUCAGUGGCAUUUUGCAUGGCAGCAUGAGCGUGUCUUGCAAGCCCUCAUGUGUCAGGGCCAACACUCAUUGGCACUCCGCUACUUUCAUGCAACACGGGCCCCGAUUAACUCCAUGUCUCUGGCCAAACUUUGUCUUUCUGUACUGCUACAUAACAGGUGUCUCACUGAAGCAUGGUUAUUACUACGGCAACACUCAAAUCAUUUCAAUGCGACCGAGAUGCUUGGUUUCAUGUACGAGAGCUGCCAGGAACUGGGCCUCCUCAAAGAGUUGCUAAAACUGCCCCUCUGCCCCACUGAGCAGGAUGCAUUGGAAAAGUUUCUCCUAGGUACUGGUGGACUCCAAAACAAGGAAAUACUGAUGGUUCAUUACCUUCAGCAAGCCAACUACAUACCGGCCCUGCGACUCACCCACAGCCUCAAAAUGCAACAUGUGAAUGAACGAGACCCAAAGCUUAAAGAGCGAUCAAACAUCCGCAACUCUAUAAUGGACCUCUGUGGCAAAGUUUUGCCCAGAGUUCAGAGGAAACUGGCGAUGGAGGCGGCCAGACCCUACCAACAUCCCAGACCCAUCCACAAAGAAGUGACUCGUCCACAACCAUUGUCAACCAUCACCAAGCGUUGCUCUAAUGAGGUGAUGUCUAGGGCAGGCUUCAUCAACAAUGUGCUGACCAAAAUUGAGGAGGUGUGGUUAGGCAAAGGAGACCAGUCACAGUCCCCUGCUGCUAAGAGUCCUAGACCUUCUGGAUUCCUUAAACCUGCAGCUCAAGCCCAACCAGAACCAUUCCUGGGAACUCCUAUUAGAAUUGGCUCUAAACGAUUUUCAAGGCUCAUGGACGUGGUGGUUCAAAGCCCUCAAUCGGUUCUCAGUCCUCCCAGGCCCUCUUGGGCUCAUCUAAAAAGCACCACAAGAGCCCCAGAGUUCAGCUUGCUGCAAACGCCACCAAUUGUUAAGCGUGCUCGUGCCAUGACUGCUUCUAGCGCCGCUUUCUCAGACUUUGCCCCUCAGUCCAUCCUCCGCAGUACUCCGAGGCCAAAUCCCUUGGCUACUCCUUCCGCAUCUCCUGGCCGAUCCGUCACCCCUCCACUCCGGGGCAAAGAAAGCAGGAUCACCUUUAGCGAGUCUUCUGAACAGGAAAAGGACAUCCACUGGACUAACGGGAUGGUAUCAGAAAGUGAGAUUAACCCGCUCACCAAAGGAAUCGACAUAUCCCACACACGCAAGUCAUGGUCUGCACAACUUGACGAAGAUGAGGAAGCGGAGCCGCCCCGCGUGAAGUUCAUGCCUCCUGAAGGUGGUAUUCCAUCACCGCAGUUGAGAUGUUCUCUGAGGGAAUUAUCUCCGAUCCACAAAGCUGAAAUAUCAAGCAAACCGCAUGAUACAACGCAAGCUCAGUUAAUCUUAAGCUUUGACGCUAGUCAGACGUCUUUUCGGUCGACAGACACCACUUUGGAGUACUAUGAUGCACCUCUUUCAUUUGACCAUCAAGGAGAUGGAGAGACUAUUAACUCAAAGGAAGGAAAUGAUGUCGUUGUGGACCUUGAGGACGAAUCAAGGCAGAACUCUAUUCCAGCCAGUGAGCCAGCUCCUCUGGAGAUACUAAGUAAAGAUAAAGACCAGGAACUGAAGGAAAAUAAGAAAUUUGAAAAUGUGAUGGAUAUUGCUGUAGAGCAAGAGGUUGACAUUAAAGAAGUUGAGUGUAAAAUUGAGACUGAAGCAGACAUUGAGUUGCCAGGUGAUCAAGAUGAAACUGAGGGUCUUCUUGAUGAAGACAAAACUGAGUGUGAAAUGGAGGACAACCCAGAUACUGAAUCGGGUAUCAAAAAUGAAGAUGUAGAAGUUAUUGACCAGGCACCAACCGGUCAUGGUGAUAAGCUGCUGGACACUGCCCCAGAGACUGAAUCUCAGCCGGAGUCAUCGUUCAGCGAUGAGAACAUUGCCCAGUUAGAAGUCUUUGAAUCCGCUGCCAUUUUAGAGCAAAUUAAGACUGAUGGAGACACUCAAACCAUCACCAUUACACAGCAAGUGAAAGCAUGUGAACAUGGUGAAGUCACUGAGUUCAUCCAGCACAUGAACGCAUUUGGAGACACUGAAGUUCCGGCGGUUAUUGGAGAGGUUCAAAGAUGUGGAGACACAGAGCCUGCAGAUGAAAUGGCAAACAAUCUGGAGCAAACAGCAGAUCUGUCUGCUUUUGUGGAGCAACAUCUGUUUGGUAGUGGUCUGUCCCCUGCCCUGCCUCGUUCUGGAAUCCGUGGGAGCAGCAAUGAAGAAGAGUAUACUUCUGCUGAAGCUCACCCUGUGUUCACCAGCCAAAAAUCCACCACCUCUGCGUCAUCUUCCGAAACCACGGGCACAGACUCUCCUUCUGUUGUGAGUUUGAACGAUAGCGAAGAACUUUCAAGUUCUGAGUCCGAAGAGGAAGAAGAAGAAAAUGAGAACGAUGAGGCAGAGGAAGCGUGGAAUGAACAGGAGGAGGACCAUUCUGGUAGUGAAGUGGAAAUAAUUGACGAGGUCCAGGGCAACGGGAGACUGCUAGCGCCCCGACCCAACUUGGAAUUUGUUCAUGAAGACCACGGCCAUUUCUUAUCGACUUUUUCAGAGCAGCAAGCUGCCGAGUUUUCUCUUUUACCGCCAGGUGUUGAGAUAAAGAUGGUCGGGGAGGAAAUGGAAGGCGAGGUUUUAAUGGUGAGACUUGGCGCUGAUACGGAAGCGAUGGAGGCACUUGAGGGUGAAGGUCAAAUAUCAUCCUAUGUGGAGCUCAAACCUUCCAACACUCUCCUGGUUCCUCACGAGCUUGCGGAUGGCCAACAGGAGGUGAUUGACAAUGCCCCACUCCCUGUGCUCCAGCAACCCGUCAUGUCAGAUGAGCGAAGGUGCGAAACUCAUGGGAAUUUCUCUCUAAUGCUGGACAUGGAUGAGGAUGCUGAUGGAGAGGCGGUAGAAGUAACCUCUGGUAACGUGGCGGCAGAACCGGAGGUUAUUCUUCUUGCACCGGACACGCCUGAAUCUGAGGAGGCCACACCAGAAGAUGAUGGACAGAUAAACCUAGUGAUUAAUGACUAUGAGUCUGAGCAGAAGGUUGAAAAACCUCAAGAAGAAGGAAAAACUGAAGAAUGUGAACCUGCCAUUUUAACAGACUCUAAGCCUUUGUUAGUGGCGAAACCUACAGGAGCAUUGGACAAGGAUGGUGAAGAUCAUUUUGUUCCACAAGAUGCCAAUGAGGAGGAGACGGAACAAGAUGAAGUCAUACAUGAAGUCACAGAGGCACAGAAAGUCUCUGAAGACGUUGAGAUGGAACAGACUGUCAGUCAUGUAGAGGUCAAAGGCUCUCUGGAGGAAAUACAACAGCAUCUGGAGCAUACAGAACUGGAAAACAGGGAAGAACGUUCAAGUAACACCGAAAUGUGUGUAGAGGUUCAAGACGAUUUUGGUAUGACCACUGAAACUGAAAGGGCUACCCGACUGAGGAGGACAGUUAGGUUCACCUCUCCUCACUCUGACAAACCAGAGGAGGCAGUAACUUUACACGAAUCUGCGCCCUCUCCUUCUAGACGAAAAUCUUCUAGGAGAGCCGUGACAACCAGACAAAAAAGCACAACAAUGGAACAGGAGGAUGAGGCUACAGAUAAGACUGACAUCACGGUGAAACGCAGGAGCGCUCGGAAAAGCACUCCAAGGAGGUCGAGUCGUAGAACCCUGAAAGACAGUAACGUAUUGCAAACAACAGAGGAGGAAAAUAAACAGGAGGAGUUCAUUACACCAAAUGUCAGAAAAAGCACCAGAAAGACUAGGCUCAAACCUUCAAAGGGGGUAGAGGAUGAAACUCAGCUCAAUUCCAGCCCAAGUAGAGCGACACGUCGGUCAAGGCGUAUCACUUUUGAUGUCUAUCCAGAGAGCACACCAAAGAUGGAGGCUAGGAUCAGUCACGACGGGCAUGAACCCAAACAGAACAGCAUGAGCCACCGACGGACAAGAAACAAACUUUGGGACCACCCGCAGGAAGAGCUGGUCUUGCUGCCUACACCUUUGGAGGUUGAUUCUGAAACUCCAGUGGCAGAAGCUCUCAUGAAGAGGCUUCAGGAUACAGAGGAAAAACAGAAAGGUACUAUGCCAUGCCAUGGAUUCGAUGUUCACACACUUAACCGCCUAUCAUUUUACCCAGGAGUUUUUGGAAGGAUAUUGAGGUCCAGGAGGACGAUGACAUCCGUGGAUGUCCAGGCGGUAGCACAGGACAAGACCAACCCAGGAGAGGACUCAUUAGUUACCUUGCCCUCACGGAGACGAACCAGAGCUAGCAUAGCAGAGUCUUCUUACCCCACCGAAGAACUUGCAAUGACUGUUACUCGCAACAAAAGAGGUGUCCAAAAGACUUCAAAGGAAGUAUUUACUUCAGAGGACGUCCACGUGGAAGAGGGGAAAGACGUUUCCAAAAGGAGAAAAACUGCCAAGCGAACAGCCAAAUCCUCAUCUGGCUCAGAGCCUCGUCCCCUCGUUGAACCAGUCCUGAUUUCGCCACCGUCCAGCCCGGACACUCGGGUCCUCCAAUCCCAGAAGAGGACCAAGGAAGGGGAGGCGCAGAAGCCAUCAGGCAUGACUCUACGCCGUAGACAAAUCAUGAACAGCGUUUUUGCCAAACCUGUCACACGCAGGAAGAAUCCAUGAUAACAUGUUUUAACUUGGUUGGGUGUGGAGGAAUUUUUUAUAUAAAGGGUAUAUAGGUUACCAUUUUGAUUUUGUUGUAGCUGCUAGUUAUUUACAGACAUCCUCAAUUGAGAACUUGCCUCUUAUUGAAGGCUUUUAAAGGGAACUCUAAGUAAAAUGACAUGUUGGUUCUGUGUUUUAUUUGAAUGUUAGUAGCAUAUGUUAUAUACAGCUUUUGAAAAUGAUUAACAACUAUUUCUACGUAAGUCGUUGUGGUUGUUUACGUUGCAGUUUGGUUGUGGCGAUGAGAGCUAAAGCAUUCAGCCUAUACAGUUUGAGUCAAUGCGAAACCGAAAAGUAAAAAUCGAACAGAAAAUGUGAACAACAUGAGGAUGGAAUCUUUAGUUGGUUAUAGUUGAUGGUGUGUCUGUGGUAAAUGUUCACCAAUGGCAACGAAGACGUAAAUGCCCUAAAAGAGUUGUGUCAAGCAGCUUUGCUUUAGCACCUUAGCUUCACUUUGGGCUCAAAAUUAAAUUGAUUAUGGACAUUUUUGGAACCUCAGCCCGUGAAUAAAAAUGCUUUCCUCAAUGUCAAUUUAGAAUUUUAAUGGUGAUGUCGAAGUAACACCAUUAGCACCGCAUAGCACUGAGCAUUGCUUACACUAACGGUACACAGUGAAGCAGGGCUAUCAAUUUAAAAACACAUACCAUCUAUUAUGACUAAUAAGAUGACAAGUACAUAACGUAAGACCUUGAUUAACUUAAAAGAUGUGCACAGCACUCUUAAAAACAGAGCAGCAUUAAUGUUGGCAAAAUAUUUCUUCCUAGUAAGUAGUUUUUUUUUUUCCUAAUAUAAAUAAGUCGACACUGCCCUCUGGUGGUUGAAGGAAUACUCUCCAAUCUGACGAAGCGCAGCAAAUUAUAAUUGUCCUCGUGGACUGUAAGGAAUAUACGGUAGUCUCUUUUUAAUGCGUAACAUAAUUACGGCGACACCAUUUUACAUCACCACAGAGCAACGUAAAUAAUGGCGACUUAGGUCGAUUUUUUUUUUUUUUUUUUUUAAUAUUAAGCUCCAAAUACAUUAUAUUACAGAAUACAGAACCAAUAUGUCAUUUUAAUCACUGUUCCCUCAUUUCAUUGUCUUAAGCAGUUCUAGUUCAUCCCUGCUGAUCACCUGAGGCGGUGCUAAAAGCAUUGAAUGAUCCGGUCGCGCAUCUGCAGUAUGAGUAGCAGUUAAAAAAAAAAAUACCUGUGACACAUGUGAAAAAACAAAUUCUGGUGACAACUGAAUUCCGGUAGCCCCCACCCCCACCUCACACACACACACACACACACACCCCACCAUGUGGCAGUUGCAUGCUGCGGGAUGCUGCUUCCCUGUGGGUUUGCCUAUCUUAUCGCAUUGUUGCGUCACUGGUAGCCUUGUGGGUACUUGUCUGAGUUGCGUGGUUUGGACCUCCUAGGCUGCAAUGACAUUUUGUCGGGGCUGUUGAUUGUUGGUUGGCCCGCUGCAAGCUCUCACACCUUGUGUUUUAAGUCGCAAUGAACACUUUUAAAAAUAUUGAUUUUGUUCAUUUCAAUCUGUAAAUACAGGUUUCUUUGUCCAAAUUAAGUUAAUAAAUCCUAAAGAACUUUGUUUAUUUGAAGGCUUUAUCACAUUGACUUUGUAUCUAAUCUAACUGUCGGUCUUAAAAGUUUUAACGGGUUGAGCAAACGUAGUUAAUUGUACACUGAUGCCAAAAAAAUCUGGACUCUUAGCUACUGGAUAUAUUGUACAGUAUGCAAAAAUAGGAAAAACAUUUUUUUUUUUCCUUGUUCAUUUGUUGACUUGAGUGUGUUCAUUGUAUGGCUGAUACAAAGGCUAUUUUCUGAGGAGAAUGUAUAGUCAUAUUUUUUGAUGACUGCUGUUUGAUAAAUAAAGAUUGAUGAACAAUU